AUGACAACUACACUGAUUACAUCCACCGAGGACAACAAACCACUAAUCCAAGCAGCAGAAAAAGUUGCCAACUUGAUUGAAUCAUUUAUUGAAUUGGGUGUUCUCGUUCACGACAAUCAAGGAACUCCUCAAUCCAACCUCGCAUUGUCAAACAAGAUACAAACUUUGACCAAUCAAUUGAAAACAGUUUCUCACAGCGAUGAUUUGAGAGAUCGAUUGAUUCCUGUUGAUGUAGUCUCGUAUAUCGAAGACGGGAGAAAUCCCGAUAUUUAUACAAGAGAAUUUAUUGAAGUGACAGCCAAGCUGAAUGCUAAACUUAAGGGCAAAAUGCAAGGGUUUGAAAAAUUAGGAAAUAUGUUGAGUGAGAAGUUAGCCCAAGAGUAUCCAAGGUUAGAAGAUGGGCUCAAAGAUGUUAAGAGUCGCACACAUGGUGAAAGUUGA